CUGCUUCCGCAGUUUGUGUGGGCUUUGCCGCUGCUGUCCCCUGCUUAUCCCCUCCUCCUCCCGGGUUCGCAUUCCGUCGAACACCAUGACGGCGGCGGCGGCGGCAGCGGCGGUGACCCUCCUCCGCCUCCCUCUCGCCCGACUCUCCUCCCACCUCCGCUCCCUCCCUCCCCGUCCCAUACCGCCCCCUCGGCUCCGCGUCUACACCUCCCACCGCCUCCUCUCCUCCCUCCUAGCUCCCAGCCACGUCCCCGCCGUCUCGUCCCUGGCCGAGGCGGUGGCUGCGCCGGAUGGUGAGGGGGUCGAAGUGGAGGAGGAGGAGGACGAGGAGGAGGAGGCAGAGGCGCGCCCCACCACCUUCGUGCUGCCGCGGCUGCCGCGGCCGAAGCUGAGCGUGAAGGAGCGGAAGGAGCUCGCGUCGUACGCGCACGGCCUCGGCAAGCGGCUCAAGUCGCAGCAGGUCGGCAAGGGCGGCGUCACGCCGUCCGUCGUCGCCGCCUUCAACGACAACCUCGAGUCCAACGAGCUCCUCAAGCUAAAAAUUCAUUUGAACUGCCCUGGAGAGCUGCCUGACGUGAUACUACAACUUGAGGAGUCAACCGGAUCCAUUGCUGUUGACCAAAUUGGUCGAUCUGUCAUUCUAUAUCGUCCUAGCACCAGUAAGAUGAAAAAGAGAGAAGAAAGUGCUAGGAAUAGAACAAGAUUUGUAAGAUCUAGAGAACCAUCAGAAGAACAACCUAGAAGCAGCACAAGCAAGAGAUUUAUAAAAUCUGGAGGAGCAUUUAGGCCACAACAGAAGAGAAGACCAUUAGCAUCUAAGGAAUCGUCGUAUGGGCGAAGAUAGAUGCCACAUUCAAUCCUUCAUCUUGUUUUUUUUCAUUGUCUAGACUUAUGGAAAUCAUGUAAACUUUAGACCAUCUAAUUUGAUAAUAGAUAUUAGUGCUGAGUUUUUAUCAAACUAUGGUCCAACCAUAUGCUGUAAAUUUGUGUAGGAUCAUUUCCUCUUUAUUCAAAAGGAAGUUCUAAAGUAAUGCACAAUAAGAAAAUAAGAUGCACCUGAA